GAGAGAGAGGGAGAGAGAGGGAGAGAGCGUUGUGCCACAGACACUUGACUCCUUCAUAUGGACCACAGCCCUCUAUUGUUGACCACCUCCGGGAUGAACCACAGGCAGACAGCUCCUCAUCACAACAGCCGGCCUGCGGGUCGCACCAACUGCCCCCGGGCUCGCAGCCGCGACAACCUGCUCCUCUGCAAUGACUUGGGAGAAGAAAACUGUUGCUCUGGACGAUGCCUCGGCUCUGAGCGGCAGCUCAUGGCUCCUAUGGGUGCUAAUAAACGACGCCAGGCUCUCCGAGGUCCGGCCUACAUGUUCUCUGCUCCCUCCAUCAGCCCCUCAGAGGUUGAGCAGCGUUUCCUGGAGGCGGCUGAAUACGGCAACAUACCAGAAGUGCGGCGCAUGCUUCUCCAAGUGCCCAACUUGAACGUAAACGCUGUGGACUACAUGGGCCAGAACGCCCUGCAGCUGGCGGUUGCCAACGAACAUCUGGAGGUGACGGAGCUGCUGCUCGGGAGAGAGGAUUUGGCCAGAGUGGGAGACGCCCUCCUGUUAGCCAUCAGCAAAGGCUAUGUUCGCAUCACAGAGGCACUGCUGUUUCACCCGGCGUUUAGAGAUGCCCAUCGUCUGACGGGGAGCCCCGCUCAAGCAGACAUGCUGGAUGACUUCUACGCCUACGACGAGGACGGGACCCGGUUCUCUCACGACGUCACUCCGGUGAUCCUCGCGGCGCACUGCCAAGAGUACGAGAUAGUUCACACCCUGCUGAGUAAAGGGGCUCACAUCGACCACCCUCAUGACUACUUCUGCGACUGCGACUCCUGUAACUACCAGCAACAGUUUGAUUCCUUCAGCCACUCGCGAUCCAGGAUCAACGCCUACAGAGGACUGGCCAGUCCCGCUUACCUGUCGCUGUCCAAUGAGGACCCGGUGCUGGCGGCCCUGGAGCUCAGCAACGAACUGGCCAUGCUGGCUAAUAUUGAGAAGGAAUUUAAGAACGACUACUGCUGCCUUUCGAGCCAGUGUAAGGACUACGUGGUGGGCCUUCUGGAUCUAUGUCGCAGCACGGAGGAGGUGGAGGCCAUACUGAGCGGAGAAACGGACUCUGAGGACAGCUAUGAUCUACCAGGUCGCCCCUCCCUCACACGGCUCAAAUUAGCCAUAAAAUACGAACUCAAAAAGUUUGUGGCACAUCCGAACUGCCAGCAGCAGCUGCUCAGCAUCUGGUAUGAGAACAUGCCCGGCCUGAGACAACAAACCACCGCCAUUAAACUGCUGGUGGUGCUGGCCGUGGCUGUCGGACUUCCCGGACUGGCUGUGGCUUACUGGAUCGCUCCGUGCAGCCGAGUGGGCAAAGUGAUGCGAAGCCCCUUCAUGAAGUUUGUGGCCCACGCGUCGUCCUUCACAAUAUUUCUGGGCCUUCUGAUCCUGAACGCCGCCGACCGCUUCGCGGGCCCCACGCUGUUGCCGAACAUGACGCACCAUCAUCUGCCACGAGCGCCCAAAGGGAACGCGGACCCGCUGCUGCUCUACCGCAUGACCACCACGCCCUUCACGCUGAUGGAGAUCCUCAUCAUUUCGUGGGUCAUCGGUAUGAUCUGGGCCGAGGUGAAGGAGAUCUGGAGUCUGGGGCCGGGGGAGUACCUGGUGGAACCGUGGAACUUCCUGGACUUUGGGAUGCUGGCGAUCUUCCUCGCCUCCUUCAGUUGUCGCUUCACCACCCUGAGGCACGCUCAGAUGGCCCAGACAUAUGUUCACGCGCACUGCACGACACUGACCAACGUCACGCUGCCCCCUGAGAUACACUACUUUACACUGGCUCGGAUCUACUGGUUGCCGUCAGAUCCCCAGCUGGUCUCCGAGGGCCUGUACGCGGUGGCGGUGGUGCUGAGCUUCUCUCGGAUAGCUUACAUCCUCCCCGCCAACGAGAGCUUCGGUCCACUGCAGAUCUCCCUGGGGAGGACUGUCAAGGACAUCUUCAAGUUCAUGGUCAUCUUCAUCCUGGUCUUUCUGGCCUUCAUGAUUGGCAUGUUCAACCUGUACUCUUAUUACCUGGGGGCGAAGCAGAAUGAUGCCUUCACAACCCUGGAGGAAAGCUUCAAGACGUUGUUCUGGGCUAUUUUUGGACUGUCUGAGGUUAGGUCCGUCGUGAUCAAUAAUGGGCACAAAUUCAUCGAAAACAUCGGUUACGUCCUGUACGGGGUUUACAACGUUACCAUGGUGAUAGUGCUGCUCAACAUGCUCAUCGCCAUGAUUAACAGCUCUUUCCAGGAGAUUGAGGAUGAUGCCGAUGUGGAGUGGAAGUUUGCUCGAGCCAAACUCUGGUUCUCCUACUUUGAGGAGGGUAGGACGCUCCCUGUGCCGUUCAACCUGGUCCCCAGUCCAAAAUCUAUGCUGGGAAUAGCGAAGGCCAUCAAGAGCCUUGUUCUGCAGCACGUGGCCGGCCACAGCAAGGAGGACACGGAGACACGGCUCAACCAGCUCGGAGGAGGCAAAAAUUCGGACUUUGGCUGUUCUACCAGCGCAUCCAGAUAUCAGAAGAUCAUGAAGCGUCUGAUAAAGCGCUACAUCAUCAAAUCUCAAGCAGACAAAGAGAGCGACGAGAUCACCGAAGGUGAACUGAAAGAGAUCAAGCAGGACAUCUCCAGCCUGCGCUACGAGCUGCUGGAGGAGAAGUCCCAGAACACGGAGACACUGGACGGACUGCUGAGGAGGCUCGGAGAGAUCAGUACGCCUUCAGCGGUGCUGCCUUAAAGCUGUAGAUACGGAGGGAUGCUCACAAAACAGUGAUAAAAUUAGAGAGCAAUGUAGAUACAAUUAAAAUGUAUUUUUUGUGAA